CUGGUUCCUGCUGCUCUGGGCCGCAGCUCGGUCUGAAGAAGACAAAUAUCCCACAACCAGACUUUUCCCUACAGAUCACCCGCCGCUGGAUUAACAUCCCCAAAAUGGGCAACUGUCAACCCACAAUUGUGCCCUAUGAGGAGUUUGAUGUCGUAGCUGACAUCAAGGCUAUCCGCAAAGCCUGCAAAGGCCUUGGAACUGAUGAGCAGGCCAUUAUCGACAUCCUGGCAAACCGCAGUUCAGCUCAGCGUCAGGAAAUUAAACAGGCCUAUUUUGACAAGUAUGAUGAUGAGUUGGUGGACGUGUUGAAGAGUGAGCUGUCUGGAAACUUUGAGAAGGCCAUCCUCGCCAUGCUGGACCCGCCCGUCAUCUACGCUGUCAAGGAGCUGAGGAAGGCCAUGAAGGGACCGGGCACUGAUGAAGACGUCCUGGUGGAAAUGCUCUGCACCGCCACCAAUGCUGACAUUGCCAUGUUCAAGGAAUGCUACUUUCAGGUGCAUGAACGUGAUCUGGAAGCAGAUAUCGAGGGAGAUACAAGUGGGGAUGUUAGAAACCUCCUCACAGCUCUUUUGGAGGGCAACAGAGAUGAGAGCUAUGAGGUGGACGAGGAGCUGGCUGAACAAGAUGCUACUGCCCUGUUUGAGGCUGGUGAGGGUCGCUUUGGGACAGAUGAGUCCACCUUCAGCUACAUUCUGGCCACCAGAAAUUACCUGCAGCUCCAGGCUACCUUCAAGAUAUAUGAGCAGCUCUCUGGAACUGAAAUCCUGGAUGCCAUUGAGAAUGAGACUUCUGGGACACUGAAAAAAUGCUACAUUGCUCUGGUGAGAGUUGCUAAGAACCCUCAGCUCUACUUUGCCAGGCGUCUGAACAAGGCCAUGAAAGGAGCGGGCACUGAUGAGGACACCCUUAUACGCAUCAUUGUGUGUCGCUCUGAGUAUGAUUUGGAGACCAUCAAAGACAUGUACCUGGAGAAGUAUGAUGUGUCUCUGAAGGACGCCCUGAAGGACGAGUGCAGCGGCGACUUUAAACGUCUCCUCCUGGCUAUCUGCCACUGAAAGCUGGAGAGGCAGGCAGGGCGAAGGUGGAAGACAGAGACAGCAGAGUAUGUUUAUACCGAGAGCGCCGCUGUUUUCUGUCUAACAAACUAACACUCAGUCUCUCCAUGUGACAUUAUGUAGGAAGCAGGAGGGUGAAGGUGAUGAAAUAAUUAACCUGGCUCAUGUCUUGUCCAAACUCUGAGUUACUGUGAACAUGGGUGACUAAUUAUUUAACAUUUGUCGUCCACAGACAUUGAACUGGACUCCCUAAUCUCGGACUUACCAGUGUGUGAAAUUGUGUCUGUCAAUCACUGCCCAUUCCUUAGUUUCAGUUCUUAACACCUUUACCAGCAUUUUACGUAGUGGUGAGUAAUUUUCAGUCGUGGUAAACAAGCACCAAAUUUCUACUUUUCCAACUGUAGUCACACUAUUGCAGUUACAUUGAGAGUGAUUUGAUCAGGUGAUUCAAGCCUUGAUAGGAUAAUCACAUUUUAAACAUGAGACAUGGUUUUACAAAAAAUUCAGCUGUGGCCUAAGUGUGUCCUUCUGCUGCUGCAUAUACUGAUGCAAUGAGUCAUAGUAUUACCAUCAUAUCCACCAUCAAGUAUUAUACUGUUUUAGAUCACAUAAUUCUUCGUUUGAUCCCCCCCCCCCCCGAUCAUUAUCUUUCACCCUCCCAAAUUCAAUGAUUGUUAUACUUUACUGCUGUUAAAACUAAUACAGUCACUCCAUGUGGCUUGAAGUUUGUGCUUUUUAAAUGAAGAAAUGUGAAAGUUUGUAAUGAAGGAAUUUUAGCUGAUAUCACGAAGGAUAUGCAAUGUUAUGUGAGAGGAUUUUCUGAAUUGUCUUCACUGCUUGUUCACAAAAGAGAUGAUAUAUUUUAUCAGUUGCUUAAUGAAAGAAAUUAUAUAUUGAUUUACGAUAUGUUGCAUUUUUAUCCAGUACAACUCAAAAAACUUGACAAAUCCAAAUACACCUCACCUUGUUAUAUGUGUUUUGUAUUUUAUGACUAACACAGUAGAGUGUUUAAUAUAUAGCAUUAUUUCGUUUUAGGAAGGCCAGAGGAUGUAUGAGAAGAAACUUCAUAAUGAUGUUUAGGCGAACUGAAUACUUAACAUCUGGACAGUUUGAUGUCUGUGUCAUCUGUGUGUCUCUGUAAGGCAGCUGAGAUUUGUUACAAUGACCACUAUUAUAAACAUUUAGCAACAAGCUGAGUAGAUACUCAAGUGAACUUCAGUACACGGGGUCGUGAUGUCAACCCGGGACAUUAGUUUGGUCGUGGGAAUAGUGUUUGUUUCUCUAUAGCCAAAGAAUCUUUGUUUAACUGCAAAUAAAAGUUCCCUGUA